AUGUCCCUGGAUUUCAAUAUCAGUCGUCAGUUACUUGAAUUCGAUGACGCACCUUUAGUUAAUUUGAUUCAAUAUUCUAUUCAACAAGACUGUAUACACCCUUCUAAUUUUUCAGAUUUUACAGUUGUGUUAAUAAACACCACCGUCAUUGUUACAGGAGGAAACGCACAAAGCCUACAAGUAUGGUCUCGAGAUUUAAUCAAUGCACCAGAGAAUUGCUGGAUAUUUCAUGAAUCAAAUCAAACCGAUCUUUACUUACCUUAUAGAAAUGGAAUUGGAUUCAAAGUAUCAGAUACAGCCAUUGCUGCACAAGCAGGGGAUUCAAACACAUCCCUUUUAUCGAAUCUCUCAUUUUUUGAUUUAGUCACAAAAACAUGGUCUACUCCAACCAUAUUUCAGGGCACACCACCUUCUGCUCGAGCACGCAUGUCUGUCUCGCUUAAUACAACCACCCACAUCGCUUAUUUCUAUGGAGGUAGAACAGAACUGAUGCAACCAUCUUCCAGCAAUUAUUACAAUGCAUUUUAUUCAUUUGACAUCAAUACCUUGACAUGGCAUUGGCCAGAUACAUUAUAUUCUGGAGGAAAUAGAGCAGCAAGAUACGGACAUAGCAGUAAUUUAAUAUCAGAGCGUUUGUUUAUCAUUGGUGGCAAAACAGCAGUAUAUGCUUCUGAUCUGGAUCAUUGGGUUACUUCACCCGUUGAUUUGCAGAGUGUGUUGAUUUAUGAUACAGUUCAACAUCAGGCAGUCACCAUGGCCGCCCUAGGCAAUAUACCUUCUUCUCGAUAUAGUUUCUCGGCUGUCAAUGGGCCUGAUGGAAAAUCGAUUGUUUUAUUUGGUGGUCAAAAUGCGUCUAAUAACCACUUGUUUGAUGCUUACAAUGAUGUGUAUGUGUUGGACACAUGUACACUGAACUGGUCUCAACCCAUCAUCAAGGGAACACCACCUGUGGCUCGUGCUGGACAUGAAGCCAUUCUUUUCCAAGACCAAUACAUGGUGAUCAUGAUGGGCAUUCAAAACUAUUCUAGUGGCUCAGGGCCUGUUUAUAUUGACGAUACAGCUGUUUUAGACAUGAACAGUUGGACGUGGAUCAGCCAUAUUCCUUCACACCUAUCUCAGCCUACCACUCCACCUACCUGUCGAUUCUCAUUUCCAGUGGUCAUACCUGACGAUACGAGGGAUGGAAAUACCACUGCUUUUGAUCCAACUGUCGUCUCUAACACAGACACAUCACCUACAACAAAACAAUUGGCGUUAGGAAUCACGUUUGGUGUCUUGGGUUUCUUACUUUUAGCAACAGCCGCUGUUAUUUUUAUACUGAGAAUACGAAAAGAUGUGGAUGCAACACAGAAUCCUCGUUGGUUAAGAAGAAAAAAGAAAGAACCCUUAUCCUAA